AUGCGUUCGCGGUUCGAGAAACUCAAACGCCGCAUUUUGAGAAAGCAUCGCCUCAUGUCUGCGCUUGUCUUCAUGCUAUACGUACUGGUCUUGAUGUUCAUCAUCUGCUCAGCCGUUCUUGUGGCAGGCCAGGGGCUCUAUACCUACGAGCUCUGCGUUGCGGGCACAUGGGUCUGCUUGAUCUUCUACACGCUCAUCAAAGCUAUCAUCUAUAUCUUCUUGGUCGAACGCAUCCAUGUCGUCCGCGCGCCUUUCGUCAAUAGGCGAAAAGACAAGAUAUACCUAUGUUGCAUGGCCAUGAUCGUCGUAUUGUACGGUACUGUCGCCAUCAACUCCUAUCUCAACCAUGUCACCGAGUUGCACGAAUCGGACGGACGCUGCCACUUUGGCAUUCGCGGCAUCGCAUCGAUACCAUUCACCGUGGUCAACUUCUUCACGAAUAUCAUUCUGACUGUGGUCUUCUUUUACCUACUCUAUCCGGUCGUAGGGUUGCCUGGUGCAUCUACUCUUUCCAGGAUCUUCAAGAGGAAGUCGAGUCAAAAUGAGGCUACAGUGCAUGGAGGACAGGAUACGCCAGCUAGAAAGAAUAUCAAGACACUGCUGUGGAAGAGUAUCAUUGGGUCGCUCUUGAUAGAGAUACCAACGGCGGCGAACAUGGUACAAUUCUUCCUGACCAGGGGCGAAGAGCUGGGCAUGAUAUGCCUUGCGAUCUGCUUGGUGGACGUUUGCUGGGACGCUCUUAUAAUCCACUGGCUUACAUUCAAUUCUUCGGCGUCGGCGGCAGAGAAGGACUUGUCGCGAUCGACAUUGGUGUCUGAAGAUGAGAUCGAUCCGAUACAGGGACGAGUCCUCUCCCCAUUGAGAAGUCGCGACGAAGCCAAAAAUAUCACGCAAUGCACGACCGAAAAACCAACAGACGCACACAUGGCCGGGUUUGACUUCUCGUGUGAAGGCGCUCGAGACUCGACGGCUGAGCUGAUAAAGCCGGCACCUGUCAAACAAUGA